AAAACAAUGUCUUGUAUUGCGACAAUCAAAGCGUUAUCAGAGUUCAAUAAAAUCCGAUAUUUGAAAGCAUGACAUUUGAGAAAGAUCUUAACCUUGAUGCAAACGAGCUCCGAUUAGGCCUGCCAGGCACGUCGGAGGAGUCGAAGAAGCAAGCUUCCACAACCCUUAAGAUCAGUAACAAAAGAGCCUUACCUGAUAUGAAUGAACAGUCUAGUGUUGAAGCUGCUAGAAAGAGUGAUCAAGAAACAGCUCCACCCAACAAGGCACAAGUCGUCGGGUGGCCGCCAAUCCUAUCUUACCGGAAAAACAGCCUCCAAACGAAGAAAACCCAGGCGGAAACAUGUGGGAUGUACGUCAAAGUUAGCAUGGAUGGAGCUCCUUAUCUUAGGAAGAUAGAUUUGAAGAUGUACAAGGGAUACCCAGAAUUACUUAAGGCUAUGGAGGGCAUGUUCAAGUUCAAAGUUGGAAAAUAUUCAGAAAGGGAAGGAUACAAUGGAUCAGAAUUUAUGCCUACUUAUGAAGAUAAAGAUGGUGAUUGGAUGUUGGUUGGAGAUUACCAUGGGAGUAAGUCCUUGAACCUACGUACGUACGUACGUACGUACGUACGUAUGUAUGUAUGUAUGUAUGUAUGUAUGUCGUCGCCUAUCGUCGUGAAUAAAGCCAUAGAAGUUCACCGAAAACCUUUCCCCGUCGCUCAGUUUUCCUUCGAUUGCCAUCGUUCUAGCCAUUCUCUUGCCUCACCGCCUAUAUCGUUAGAUUCCUCAUCAUCGUGCGAUCGAAACUAUAUCGAGACUGUCGCCCAUCGUUGCUCCAUUGUUGAUCAUCGGUUAGUUAUUGAAGUGUUCGGCCAAAUGACCCAACCUGUCACCGUUGUCACGUGCUGCCGUGUGCGCUUGGGGCUUCUUCCCCAGCCUUGCUCCCUUCUAGAACGAUCCAGAUUUGAUCCUCUAGUGGAGGAUGCCACUGACUCUGAUCUAGCCUGGGGUCAAAAACCAGCAUCUCUUCCCCUUUUCGAUGGUGUAGAACUCGAAGAAGCACCCAUUCAUUUAGAUGUCUGA